UCUGGCGCAGUUGUGCGGGCGGUCUCGGACGCAGACAGAGGGGGCGCACACAUGCGCAACAGCGCAGGAUCUGGGAGGAUUAUUCCCGCUGUUCAGGACUCUUUCUGCGCUUUUUGGAACAGCCAAACAAAUCACUGUGGAUAUAUUUAAACUAAACGAAUACAAAAGAGAGGAUUAUUAAAGGUCAGAUCAUCCAUCGUCAUGGAUGGGGUGAAGACGUUUAUCGUCUUUGUCAUUUUCUUGGAGCUACUUUCCGUUGCCACAGGUCUCUCACCACCAACCAUUGUGUCCAACGAUAAUGAGUUUGUGCUACAGCCUGAUUCUGUCUUCAACAUAAGCUGCACUGGCAAAAGAAAUGUAGUUUGGGCUGAACCCCUGCCAGAAAACUCUUUUGUUUAUACCGGCUACUACACAGCGGCUCUCUUCAUCUACAACGCCACAGUCACUAACACGGGGUAUUACAUGUGCCAAUAUGAGGACCAAAAGGGUGAACCAGACGAGGAGGAGAGUGAAAUAUACGUCUUUGUUCCAGAUCCAGAGGUUCCAUUCGUCCCGGAAGACGCUGAUAACUUGGUCAUCACCACGACCACAGGAGGUGUUGUCAUCUCGUGCCGUGUGUCAGAUCCUCGCUCUCACGUGGUUCUGAAGAAGGUCCCGAGCGGAGAGGAGAUCUUUGCCCUCUACGAUAACAAGAAUGGUUUCUUCAGCAGCCUCCCCUCUGGGCAGUACCAGUGUGAAACCACUGUGAACGGUCGCACCUUCAGAAGCGCCAUUUACACGGUGCAGGAUGAUGUGUCGGCUGACUUUGAGCACUUCGACGUGGAUGUGAGAGCCAGCGAUGAGACAGUGAGAGCCGGGCAGCCUUUCAACAUCACCUGCGUCUCUCCGACCAGCCCCACGUUUCAGCAGCAGUGGCUCCAUCCGAGAAAACAGGCUGUGGGUGCAGUUCAGAAGAAGCAGAUAUUUCCCGACCGGGUUAUUUACACCCUCAGCAUCCCACAAGCCACCUCUCUAGACAGCGGCACAUAUGAAUGCUCCAUCAUCCACAUGAUCAGCGGAGACGUCCGAGCCAGCAGCGUAGCCGUCACAGUGGUUGAUGAGAAUUCCUUUGUGACUCUGGACCACAGUGGGAUUCUGCCUCUGGAGCUCGUCAGCCUUUUGGAGGCGACAGAGUUCACCAUCCUCAUAGACGCCUACCCAGCCCCGAAAAUAACGUGGCAGAAAAAUGGCAAAGACAUAUCAAACAGUUACUACAUCCACACCAAAAGCAGUCACAUCACAGGGAACAGGUAUCAAAGUAUUCUGACAUUACGGCAGCCCAUGGAGAAAGAUAAUGGAAAUUAUACCAUCACAGUCCUCAGCGGCUCUCACUCCGCCCACUUCUCCUUCAUCCUCAAAGUUACAAGUCCCAGCACCCCGUUUUUCCCACCGUCAUCAGCCCCAGUGCUGCUGCCCGACAGAGAGGAGAUGGUGGUGAACCUCCACACUCCUUUCACCCUGACCUGCCGAGGAGAGGUGGAGCUAAUGUGGGAGACGCCACACUACAUCCCUGAGCAGAGCCAGCAGGACAACAGCGGGCUGUUUGUCACCACCAUCACCGUGGACACCGCCACAGUGAUGCACACUGGCUUCUACACAUGCUUCUACAGCAGCAACUCCACAGAGGACACGGAGGAAAGCAGCAUCUAUGUCUAUGUGCCAGAUCCAGAUGUUCCCUUUGUACCAUCCCUGGUGCCAUUUGGUAACCAUGUUCUGUCCAAUCACGAGGAGAUGGAGAUUCAGUGUCGUGUGUCAGAUCCCAGUGCCAAUGUGACCCUGGUUAAUGCUGACACCCAGCAGCCUGUGCCGAGCGUCUACGACAGCAAGAGGGGUGCCUUGGGGGUUUUCACUGCUGGGACAUAUAUUUGCAAAGCCCUCGUUAAUGGCGAGGAACACUACAGCGAGGAAUACAUUGUCCAUGGCUGGACAGGUGGCUCUGAGCUGCAGGUUGAACUGACGGCUCAGCGGACUGCUCUGCUUGUGGGAGAUACCAUCACAGUCAGGUGUGUCGCUCGGGGAUCUGAGAUCCUGGAGGACCACUGGAAAUACCCCGGAAAACUGAGUAAUCGUGCUGUCAAGACGGUGCAUGAAAACAAACGUGAUCAGGAGCUUCUGUACACCUUGACGAUCCCCCAGGCCUCAGCCAAAGACAGUGGUGUCUACACUUGCUCCAUUACCGAUAUCAUGAGCAAUGAAAGCCAGACAAAAGAGCUCUUCAUUACAGUUUACGAGAAGGAAUUUGUGUCCCUCCGGCCACAAUUCCGUUCCCAUGAAACAGCGGAGCUGGAUGAAGUCAGGGAAUUUCAAGCUGACAUUGACUCCUUCCCCAGCGCUCAUGUGAUGUGGCUGAAAGACGGCCUCCCGCUCAGUGAUGUGACAGCAGAGAUCACCACCAGCCUCCGGCAGAUCAGCGAGACCAGUUAUCAGAGUGUUCUUACCCUGAUCCGAGCCAAGGAGGACGACAAUGGGAACUAUACCAUCCAAGUGGUAAAUGGAAACCAGAGUCAGAGUGACACCUUUAGCCUGCAGGUCAAAGUGCCUGCAGUCAUUGUGGACCUGAUGGACCUUCACCACGGCUCAGCAACAGGACAAUCUGUGGUAUGCAUUGCUUCAGGGCAGCCUACCCCCGAGGUAGAAUGGUUCAUCUGCAAAAACAUCAAACACUGUACAAAUGACUCGUCUCAGUGGGUGCACCUCCCUGCCAACUCCACGGAGAUCACAGUGGAGUCAUAUAACAAUGAGGACGGCAACCUGGAGAGCCAGGUUAUGUUUGGCCAUCUGGAGAGCACACUGGCCGUGCGGUGCUUGGCCAGGAAUGACAUGGCUGCUGUCAGUAGAGAGGUCAAACUGGUGUCCAGUGGCCCUCAUCCAGAGCUGACUGUAGCUGCUGCAGUGCUGGUGCUCCUGGUUAUUGUCAUCAUCUCACUCAUUGUGUUGGUUGUCAUCUGGAAACAGAAACCUCGAUAUGAGAUUCGAUGGAGGGUGAUAGAGUCUGUGAGUCCAGACGGCCAUGAGUACAUCUAUGUGGAUCCCAUGCAGCUGCCCUAUGAUUCCAGAUGGGAGUUCCCCCGUGACAGACUGUGCUUGGGUCGUAUCCUCGGCUCUGGGGCCUUUGGGAAGGUAGUAGAGGGCACCACCUAUGGACUGAGUCGCUCUCAGCCGGUUAUGAAGGCGCAGUUGAAAAUGCUGAAACCCACAGCACGCUCCAGCGAGAAACAAGCCCUGAUGUCUGAACUGAAGAUCAUGACUCAUCUUGGGCCACAUCUCAACAUUGUUAACCUCCUGGGGGCAUGCACGAAAUCAGGCCCGAUCUACAUUAUCACCGAGUACUGCUUCUACGGAGACCUCGUCAACUACCUGCACAAGAACAGGGAGAACUUCCUCAGCCUGCAGCCAGAAAAAAAUAAGGACAUUGACAUCUUUGGAAUUAACCCUGCAGAUGAAAGCAGCAGGAGCUAUGUGAUCCUAUCCUUUGAGAACAAAGGAGACUACAUGGAUAUGAAGCAGGCUGACAACACUCAGUACGUGCCAAUGCUGGAGAUGAGCACUUCCUCCAAGUAUUCAGAUAUUCAGAGGUCGAUCUACGACCACCCGCCCUCACAGAAAGACUCGAGUGGAAAUGAGAUGGACAUGCUGCUGUCAGGUGACAUGAAUGAAGGCCUCACCACCAUUGACUUGCUCAGCUUCACCUACCAGGUGGCCAAAGGCAUGGAGUUUCUGGCUUCCAAAAAUUGUGUGCACCGGGACCUUGCUGCCAGGAAUGUCCUCCUCUCACAAGGCAAGAUAGUCAAGAUCUGCGACUUUGGUCUGGCCAGAGACAUCAUGCAUGACAACAACUACGUGUCCAAAGGAAGCACCUUCCUGCCAGUAAAGUGGAUGGCACCGGAGAGUAUUUUUGAUAACCUGUACACGACUCUGAGUGACGUUUGGUCGUACGGCGUCCUCCUGUGGGAGAUCUUCUCCUUAGGUGGCACCCCGUAUCCAGGCAUGGUCGUUGACUCCAGCUUUUACAACAAGAUCAAAAGUGGAUACCGGAUGGCCAAACCGGAACAUGCGCCUCAUAAUGUGUAUGAGGUGAUGAUGAAGUGCUGGAACAGUGAACCAGAGAAGAGGCCAUCCUUCAUGGGUCUGAGUGAAAGUGUAGCUUCUCUGCUGCCCUCCAGCUACAAGAGGCAUUACGAGAGGGUCAACCAUGAGUUCCUGAAGAGCGACCACCCUGUGGUAACUCGGGUGCGCUUGGAAAAUGACGACGCCUACAUCGGCAUCACCUACAAGAACCAGGGCAAACUUAAGGACAGGGAAAGCGGCUUCGAUGAGCAGCGGCUGAGCUCCGAUAGCGGCUAUAUCAUCCCCCUUCCUGACCUCGACCCCACGUCUGAUGAUGACUACGGAAAGAGGAACCGACACAGCUCUCAGACAUCCGAGGAGAGCGCCAUUGAGACAGGCUCCAGCAGCUCCACCCUGGCCAAGCGUGAAGGCGAGACGCUGGAGGACAUCACACUGUUGGAUGAGAUGUGUCUAGACUGUAGUGAUCUGGCAGAGGACAGUUUCCUGUGACAGUUUCCCCAAGAGUGGCACAAAGUAACACAAGAAAAUCAUGUAUAUUGGGAACCUAAGCUGUAAAUGAACCAAAGACGCCGCUGUUUACCCUUCAGCCCCUUUGUUCCGCCUCAUCAACAGCCUUAGGGCAGAAGAUAGUACGAAACCACUCCACUUUACUGGACAAGUCUGUGGUGAUAUUAUGGUACUCCCCUUACGUGUCCUUGGACACUGCCCUCGAGGUGGGAUGGAUUAAUGAGCGAGCAAAGACUCAAAUAUGGCCGGGUUUAGUGCCUGUGAGAUGGACCUAUGUGGUGUCAGAUGGGACUAAAAAUGCACCAAAAGGAUUGUGUUCUUGAAUUUACAGAGGUUUAUUGCAUUGGGCAUUGUUUUAGCAGCAUUAUAAGCAAGAUGCAACUAGGGAUGGGAAUUGAGAACCAGUUCCAAUUGAGAAUUGGUUCAAAAUUUUUCAAGUCCUACAAAUCACAUGCAUCAUAUCUGUUCCUGUUCUGAAUACUGGUGUGUUUUUCACACCUUUCAAGCUCAUCUGUCACAAUUUAAGAUCGAAUGUAAUUACAUCAAACUCUUCUGUAUGUUUCACAACCAGGAAAACUGUCAUUGAGAACCUCUGUAGACGGUUUUUCUCGCAAGAAAAUAGAUCAGGAAUCGAUAAGCAGAAUCGAUAAGGGUAUUGAUAUAAAUAAAACAUCAAUCCCAAUCCCUAGAUGCAACAUAUCAAACAUGUUCAUCAGCAACUAUAAAUUGACAAAAAAGGAUGUUGUUCAGCCAUAUUAACCACUAGAGAUGCACUAUUUAAACCACAAGUCCAAAACAAAUAGCAACAACAGCAGGUGACCAAUAAUCUAAUUUCACCUUCACCUGCUACAAGAGACACCCUGAUGCUGGCACAAUCAGAAGCAAUACUUUAAAAGCACAACAUUUGGAAUGUGCAGUUUUUUUUUUUUUUUGUUUUUUUUUUGUAUGAGACCAUAUUAAAAAAAAGCCUAAAUAAGUGCAGUAGUUCAAAUAUAUUUUUGUACUUCAUCACAAUGUAAACAUGUAUUAUUUGUGAAUAUCAUGUAGAGACGUCAGUUAUGAGAAUAUACCUUGUUGCAGUGUCUCACUUUAAGUCAAAGAUUACAUAAUGUUCUCCGUGCUCACCUUGGAUGACGCCUCCAUUAUUUUGUUUCAAGAAAUGUGACUGUAAUGUAAAUAAAUCUAGAGUCAUUUCAUAAGAGACAGCUAUUGGGAUGAAUUUCAAGUAUUUUAUACAUGGUAAGCACAAUAUGGAAUCAUGCCAGUAAAGCUAAACAUAUAGAGGAAUGACCUUAAUAGGUAUAAUAUGGAAAUACCAAAUAUCAUAUGAGACACAAUGUAGAUAUUGACAUUGAAUUUACAUAUCACAUGAAUGCCAUUGAUUUUAUGAAGGUUUUGUGCUUGUAUAACACCUGAUUGGACAUUCCCAAAUUACCCACUCAAAAGUAAGAGAGCCUGAGUUCAUCAUGAACACACGGCAACGUUUCUUUAAUGAUCACUGUAUACAUAUCAAAGACAAUGCUGUAACCAUGAUAGUAUGGUGAGAAGCCCUAGCAACGUUUCUGUUCAUAGUAUCUAAUGGUUAUGUGUUUCAGUUUGAUCUAAUUGUCUGAGAAUCCUUUAGGCUCCAGCUCCACUGAAACACCAGCUAGAUCAUCCACCUACUGUACCAGCUGUGCCACUGCCUCUUUCUCUAGACUGUGAUGUAAUCUGCAAUCGUGUUACAAUUGUUGCACUUUUUUUUUCUAUUUUCCAUUUUGUUUUGGAUGUUGCAGAAUAGUCAGCCAUGUUGAGCUAAGAAGAUUAUACUUUAGAUGCUUUAGAUGUUUAUAGCAGCCUGCGUGUGAGGAAUCACAUCCAACACGAUGAGUUCAUGCUUAUGUUGCAUAUUGCUUUGUGUACAUUCAGAUGAUUUAUAUUUCAGUAAAUGGUUUAUCAAGUACCAAAGAU